AUGGAGCAAGGAUUCGCAUUCGUUCCUCCGCCCUUCUUGGGCACGUCAUUUCGUCAGAACCAUCAGAUUCGAUCGCUCAAGAGCAACUCAUACCGAUUUCUGACGACGCAUCGAUCCAUUCAGCCGUCUGUAUCGCACGCAUCAACGUCGAUGUCGCUGCUAUCAUCUCGCUGCACUCCAAGCAGUUCGGGUUUUGUGCGAACGAAUCUGAACUCAAUUCGGCGCAGACAUCUACGCCGAUGUUACGAUCUGCUUCAUUUGUGCAUGCUACGUGGUGAUUGGAGGGUAGCGGGCAAGUUGCUGCGCGUCAUCUUGGGCGCGCAUGAAUGGUCCGAUGGCGAGGGGUGGAGGCUUGCGCUCCUGAUACUGUCGUACAUCGGUAAUGAUGAACGAUGCGCAUCCGAACACGAUGCGCGAAGGAGAAGAACAUGCUACUUGCAGCAGCUCGACCUAGCAUCCAGCGCACCGUUCAAAGCACAACAUACAACGUCCCAUCUCGUCCACGAGUAUAUCUCGGCCAACCGACUAAGCGACGCUAUCGAGCUGCUCGAGCAGCGCGUCAACAUUCAUCCGUACAAGAGUCAGCCCGAACUACACACGCUCCUCGGCAUGCUCUACCUGUAUGUGGCAAUCACCACGCUCCUCACACUCUCCGACCAACCGAAUGCAGGUGUGCAACUCAAAAAACUCGAUCGCUCCACGAAAAAUAAAGCUAGGCAAUGCUUCGAAACUGCUCUCCAGUCCAGUGCCAACUGGAUGAGGAGUGAAAUCGCGAAGAGACAGAGGAUCUGGGGAAUGAGGUGGAAGGAUGAGGUGCAAGAUGGUGAGAGGGUACGGCGUAGAAGGCGCGCAGUAUGGGGGACGGAUCCGUUAGAGGACGAAGCGUGGCCUACCGAGGAGCAUCAAGAUUUGAAGACGAUACGUAAACAACUGGAGAGUGGCCAAGAGCAUGUGUGCGAUCAGGUCGGAAGCGAACAAGAAGGUAGUGCGGCAUCUGGGACACUCCACUCUGGAUGGUCAGAUGACGUCAGAAGCACUGACGAACGCGACGCGCAAGAGGAGGACGGUAGCGAUGUGGCACACGAAUUCCUGCAAGAAGCGCCCGAUCCAACGGCGGGGCAAAACAGCCAACAUAAAGGUGCUAAAGCAUGGAUUGCAGCAUGGCCUUGGGUGUCUGCAUUCUACACGCCCGAACCACCGCUCGCCUGUAAGCUCGCCGAGCAGUUCCUACAAUUGCUCGGCGCGCCGACUUGUUCACAGAUCCCUGGCGCUGGCUCCCAGCCAGCUACCAACCACACCGCCAAGGCUUCGCGCCGCUCGAAAGAAAAGCGCGAUGCCGCGAGAGACGACGAGGAGCAGCUCGACGAUGAUACCCAGAGCGAAGCAAGCAGCAUACCAAUGCUCGGCGGCAUCCAGUUGACAAGAGAGGAGGCUGAGCUGCGGCUGCGUCGUAUCCUUUUCGAAGAUGCGGACGAGCCGCGGUCGGAAAUGUCGACGCCCGGGGCGUCGAGUGGAGCUAGGGCCGGUGCGGGGGGAAAAAAGGAGAGAAAAAGGGAACGUGUGAUUGCAGGAGCGAAGGACGAAAGGAGGAGCAAGAAGAAGAGGAACACACAUCUAGGUCGAGAUCGUGCUGGUAGUAGUAGCAGACGAAGAUCACGCGACGACGGAUACUUCUAA